CUCUUCCCAAUCCAGUCGGCCACCUUCGACCUCAUCUUCGGGGGCGACGACCUCAUCGGCCGCGCUCACACCGGCUGUGGCAAGACGCUCGCCUGCCUAGAAGCGGAAUGCAUUUGGGGAGAUAUUCCGACGAUCCAACAGGUGGGGCGCGAGAUAUGGGGAGAUAUGGGGAGGAUACGGGGAGAUAGUCCGACGCGAGAGCUUUCGCUGCAGGUGGGGCGCGAGUUCGCCGCCGUCGCACCCACCCUGACCUGCUGCUGCGUGUACGGCGGCGCGCCGAUCGGGGCGCAGUGCUCCGAGCUGCGGCGCGGGGUCGACGUGCUGAUUGGGACGCCCGGCCGAGUCAAGGACUUGAUGGGCCGCUCUGCGCUCGAGCUGUGCGAUGUGCUCUGCGCCACUCUGGACGAGGCCGACCAGAUGCUUGACAUGGGCUUCGCCGACGACAUGGCGGAGAUCCUCGCCACUUGCACGCGCGAGGACCGGCAGACGUGUCUCUUCUCGGCGACGUUGCCGCCGUGGGUCGUUAAGGAGGCGCCGAAGUACAUGCGCCCCUCGCCGCGCGUAGUCGACUUGGUCGGCGACAAGGAGAAGAAGGCUUCGUCCGACGUGCGCCACCUCGCCAUCCCCUCGCCCGGCCCGAUGAGCGCCCGGUCCUCGACAAUCAACGACGUCAUCUCGAUGUACACCACCUCCUCGGGCCGCGUGAUCGUCUUUUGCCAGACCAAGGCCGAGUGCGACGACCUGACCAACUCGGACGCGCUCAAGCUCGAGGCAAAGUGCCUGCACGGCGACAUCCCGCAGGCCGUGCGCGAAAAGACGAUGGCCGCCUUCCGCAGCGGCAAGUUCCGCGUCCUCAUCGCCACCGACGUCGCCGCGCGCGGGCUCGACAUGAUCGUCGAUCUCGUGCUCCAGGCCAAGCCGCCGAUGCGGCAGCGCUCUCUCCGCCCCGACGAAGAGACUUACGUCCACCGCUCGGGCCGCACCGGCCGCGCCGGCCGCAAGGGCAUCUGCGUGACGCUCUACGGGCCGCGCGACCGCGAGGCGGUCGAGCAGAUCGAGCGCUUCACAAAGAACCGCUUCGAGUGG